UAUAUUUUAAUAAAUACUUCGGAAUUCUAUACAGUAAUUUGUUUUUGUAGUAUGGUAUUUGUACGUCCCGGUGGCGAAUCAACGGAUACCUCCAGGUCAAAGUAUCAUGGAAUACAUAAAGGAACAGUUACCAGAUUUGAACAAGAAUUACAACCCGAAUCACGGCUAUGAGCCUUACUGGCCCGGGGGUGACUGGGUGUUCAAGGACCCCGAGUUGGGGCCCAAUGAGACCACCACGAAGGUGCCCCUCGUUUGUGGAGAAGAGUGCAACUAUCUUUAUACGAGGAUAGGUGCAGUGUGCGCUCGGCAAGCUAACAACGUGGACUACGAGCGAUGCAGUGGCAUAUGGAUCGGGUUCUGCCUGGGCUACCGCUACGACGAAUUCCACCGCGGGUUCUACACCUUCGACACCUACUGCAAGUUCCUGGAUGCGCAGUGCCGGACUGGCUUUAAGGAUCGUGGGUUGGCUUCUAGUUCACAAGGGGAAUUGUUCGCACAACUUAGACAAAUACUUCAAGCCGGUGUAUACCCCAGGAGUCCUGUUCACAAGGCUGUCUACUUACUUCCCCACGCUGAUCCAAGCCUUCGAAGGUGCGUCCCUUCCACCCCCACUGCGGAAGGGUACUGAAGAUAUCGUCCCUAAUUCGAACAUACCGAAACCAGUUAGACUGCAUAUAAAUAACGUGCUGCAAAAUGCUUUGAGUGGGAGACUUAGUGAUGAAUAAAUGCGUUUUUUUAGU